GGAACGCUGGCCGGCCAACGUUUCCAGGGCAACGGCCCCGCCGACCGACCGACCGACCGACUGGAGAGGACAUCAUUGUACGAUUCAAACCGUAAACACGAACCAACCCCCCCCCCAAAAAAAAAAUGAACCCCCAAGAGAUUGUGUUUGCGGGGGAGGGGUUUCUCCCUCUUCCUCAUCGUAAUGCAGUCAAAAAGCGGUGGCGUUAAGUGAGUGGGCGGUGAUGGCGGCGGCGGGCGGGCGCUGUGAGGCCUUACCUGUCCCGAUUAGAUCCCCCUCCAAACGGCAAAGGAUUGACUUAUACAUGUGGGCAGCGGCUAUCAAGAACACACCCAGCUUUAGUAAGCUAACUCUUCAUUCAAGAUGUCCAUCAUGUUUCUGUGUUGGGAAAACCCAAAGAAAGGCAGUUACGGUCAGUUGGCUCAGAUCGUGCUCUUUGCUACGUUUUGAAAAAACAGUUGAGUUCCCUGGCAAUUUAAUGAGAGAACACGCUGCAAAAAGACUACAUACACAAUACAGACAUCUGUUUCCAGCAAGCCAGAAGCAUCCAACGCAUCCAAACCUACAGUUUACAGACAAUGAACUCUUUAUAAUGAUAUAUAAGUUCCGGGGGAUAAGAUUCCUUAGAGCUGUGUCUCGUCUAAAAUUAAUUCAGACUGGUAUCACUGUGGCUCUCCUACCCACUGUUUAUUAUUUUUAUCUAAAGGGACAGCUUCCAUAUUCGAUGGUCAAUUAUACCACUGGAAUAGCGAGUUUUGCUAUUGUUAUGCUUUAUUCUUUAAGUUACUAUUUCAGACAUUUUAUUGGUAUGAUGUACCUGAAUGAAUCGGGCACCACGCUGAAGGUUUCGCAUCUGACUUUUUGGGGGAAGAGGAAUGACUUUUAUAUCCCAGUAAAAGAUGUCUUGACACUUGGAGAUACUGGAGAUGCAACAAAUGAGACUAUCCUACAACUCAGACAAUACAAUAGCACGGAAGUUUUCUACUUUACAGUUGCCUUUGGUCAAGUUGUUGAUGAACAAAAAUUCAUACACGUCUUUGGUGGAAUUCCAUGAUAAAAAGAUUACACUUAUCGGCCUUGUUGCUAUGAUGAUUGAUUAACUUAUAGAAUAAGAUAUGUUGUAUGAAUUUGAGGAGCUCCCGAGCUUUGUAGAAAUUUUAUUAAAAUGACAGCUAUA